UUCAUAAUCAUCCUUAGUAUUUAAAACUGAAUCCAACGAUAUACAACAUGAUCAGAUUAAUUUGGAUAAUUUGGAUUUCCAAAAUGGAUCGAAUGUUUGUUUUGGUUCAAAACAUUCUUGCUGCUCAUUCUUUUUCUUUUAUGGCUCAUCACUACUAUUCUACUAAACCUUUACCAUCAUCUUAUAUUAUUGUCCAACCAUGCCUGUUAUUGUUAUUCUUUUUGAUCCGUACGUGUGGUCGAAUGGAAUUUUUGUUUCAAAACAAAUCAUUUUCGAUCACCGAUAUGCCGAAUACGCCAAAUUUAACGAAACAACAUUUGCUAAUUAAAUCAACAACGAAAAAAAAUAAACGUCAUCGAACCGGCAUGAUAGCUGUAACCAAUGUUUUACCAUCAUCAUCACAAAAGUCAUCGAAUCAUCAACAUCAUCAUCAUAAUGUUGUUGCACAUAGUUCAUCGACAUCAAAAUCGAAUUUAAUUAGUCAUUCAUUUGAUCCUGGAAUCGAUACGAAUUCUGUUAGCGAAUCAUUUGAUUUAAUGAAAAUUCCAUAUGCCCCGAUACAACCAACAUUUGAUUAUUAUCUAGUAAAUGAUCAUUUUCCAGCCGCUAAUCUAAAUUCGAAUGAUCUUGAUGAUACAAUCAAACAGGCAAUCGAUGAACGUUUAUCGAAAAUUAUGCCAAGAUCAGAUGAUAUACAAAAUCUAACACAAACAGUUUCCAAAUUAAUGCUCAUAUUGGAUCGUUUAAAAGCAUCACCAGAAAAUAUUGAUGCAUGUAAAAUUGAUUGUUUUUUUGUUGUCGGAUCAUUACGAAUGGGUACAAUGAUACGUGAUCAUCGUAUAGCCGAUAUGGUUAUUAUAUUACAAACUUUACCAGUAAAAGCAGCACUUUCAGCAAUUGGAAAUAAAUUACUAGAAGAAUUACAACGUAUUGAACCAACAAAUCCAUAUCAGAUUAAUAUACGUGAUGAUAAUCUUGAACUUACAAAUCUGUUUAACAAGGAUAUUAUCCGUAUAUUGAUUGCAACAACAACAACUAAUCUAAAUAAAUUGGAUCGUGAAAUUCAUGUACGUAAAAAUGCUGUACAAAAACAUUUAAAAGCAACUGUUCAUGCACGUUGGUUUGAAGAAAAUAUCAAAUGGAAUGAUGUUCGUGAUUUUAUUCGUUUAUUUAAAGAUGUUUGCCAAAGAUUUAAUGAAUUUUCAUAUUUUUCACCAUGGAUGAUUAUUAUUCUUUGUCAUUAUUCAAUGACUUGUAUUCGUGGAACUAAUGCUGGUAGUGGUGGUGGUGGUAGUAAUCAAGGUAGUGUUGGUGAAGAUCAUUUACCAAUACAUUUAGCAUUUAAAAGAUUAUUACAAUUACUAUCAUCGGGAAUAUUUUUACCAUAUUCAGCCGGUAUAACUGAUCCAUGUGAACCAAAAAUGCCAAUUCAUGGAAAAUUAUCUGUUCAUGAUCAAGAAACAAUAACUCGUCAAGCACAAACAUUAUUAAGAUUAUUAAAUUAUCAAAAUGGUUGUCGUUAUGUUUUUGGUUUAGAAAGUUUAAUAAUAAUCAAUGAUAAAGAAUUAGAUAAUGAUAGUGAUAAUUCAUCAUCGACAUCAUCAUCAUCAACAACGACAACAACAACAUCAUCAUCAUCAACAGCAAAAUUAGCACCAUUAAUGAUGAAACAAUUAGAAUUGGUUGAUAAAGAUAUUAUUGAUCAAAUCAAAUCGAAUGAUGAAAUUGAUUUUCGUAAAUCUUAUUCAGUUUUUGAUACAACAAAUUCUAUUAAUCAAACAAAUAAACAUUGUAAACAUUGGAAAAAUAAUUCAUCACCAUUACAUCAAUCAUCACCAUCUCAAUCAUCAUAGGAAUGUUUUUUUUUGUUCAUAAGUUAUCUUAUCU